AUCGGAGUGUGAAUUUACCGUUUGUCUGAACCCACUGAGUAAGUAGCCAGCAAACAUGUCGUUUCGCAUGGGUCUGCGGGUCACAAAUCUGCUUAAAAACUCGUCGAAGAGACCAGCGAGGACCGUUGGUGUCGCUUUGACGCGAAAAAUACAGUUGUCAUCGUCGUCCAGAGCCUCCGUUUCGCCAUUCACCGAGCCUACGUCUCCGAAUCCUACAGCUACCAAGUAUGCUGAGACAACCGAGUCAUUACACACAUAUGGAUCAUACCUCAUGCAAUGUCUCCCCAAAUUCGUCCAGCAGUUCUCUGUAUUGAAGGAUGAGCUUACUUUGCACAUCUCCCCGUCUGGCGUCAUCCCCGUUUUGACUUUCCUUCGAGAUCACUCACAGUGUCAGUUCAAAAGUGUCGUGGAUAUCACCGCUGUUGAUUUCCCAGAACGAGAGAAACGCUUCGAGGUGGUUUACAACAUGUUGAGCGUCAAGUAUGCGGCGAGGAUUCGUGUCAAGACCUAUGCUGGUGAAGCGGACCCUGUACCUAGCAGCGUUUCUGUCUUCAGUGGAGCCGACUGGUAUGAACGGGAGACGUGGGACAUGUUUGGCGUCUUCUUUACUGGUCACCCCGACCUGCGUCGCAUACUAACAGACUAUGGCUUCGAGGGUCAUCCCCUUCGAAAGGACUUUCCAUUGUCGGGCUACACUGAAGUCCGCUACGACGAAGAGAGGAAACGCGUCGUUUAUGAACCUCUGCAAUUGACACAGGCUUUCCGAAACUUCGAGUCUCUGUCACCCUGGGAACAAGUAGGGCAAGGGACAGAGCCCAUCAGGCCUGCAGAGCUCAAGCCUGUUCCUCCACCUCAAGCCGAACAGCCUCCAAAGAAGUAGAUGUUACUACGUUAUUGAUUGAUAUACAUACACAA